CGCUAGUGGCCUCUCGGUCUGUCUCGCCCACUGUCUCUCUCUCUGUGUCUAUCGCUAGUUAGGAGGAGCCUGUCUGUGUAUGAAUAUGGGUGUGUGUGUUGUGCAUGCUUCUGUGUGUGUGUAACACACUUUGGACUUUUCCCCUAUGCUGUAGAUUGUUUUUUGCCUCUGUUCUUUGCACUCUGGAGUACUGGAACUUUUUUCUCUCCCCUGCUGCUUACCAUCCAGAGGAAAGAAUUCUAGCACAGCCUUCUUGCUCAAGGGAAAUUUUUUUUCUUAUCCUGCCUCUUUCACACUUUCACUUCUAAAGUUGCUGAGUUGCCCAGAGCGGGUGGAGCAGGUGGCAGCAGUGAGUGGGUGUGAAUGUGUGUGUGUAUGUUUGCUGUGGUCUGAGAGAGGGACCGUAGUACAGAGACAUGCUGCGAAACGGCACAGCAGGCUCCUCGCUCACUACAACGUCCACUCCGGAACAGAGGAGUGAGAGAGGAAUCAGACGUCUGAGAUUGACUCUCCGAUCUGAGGACAUCCCCACUGGACAGAAUGAGAAGACAAAGAGUUCUGUACACUCCGAUGGCAAGAUGGUCAAUGGCACCUGGAUGAAGAAGAAUGGCCUCAUGCAGAGAGAAAGACCUCCAGGCAGAGAAUCACCUGUAGAGCAGAAGCACUCUUACAGUGUGAGCAAUGGUGAUGUUGCUGAGCGAGAGACGCUGCCGGGACUCCGGGUGUACGGCGUUGUGCCGCAGGAAGCGAUGGCUCGUGAGCAGCCUGUCAAUGAGCUGAGAGAUGAGAUGAGGUACAUCAGAGAGGUGCGGGACUCCUUGGAGAAGGUCAGAGAACGGAUGUAUGGUCAGUUUGGAGGAAUGCAACAAUCAAUACAAAAACUCUCACAAGACUUAAAGAUGGCUAACUCACAUAAGCGCUAUUUGGAAGCAGAAGUAAGAACAGGGAGAGCGGCCCUCGAUAGUUUUGAUCAGAUGAACAGCUCUCUCAUAUCAGCCAACAUCGACUUGCAGAAGUCACUGCUGGAGAGCUGUCAGGGCCGUGUGGGAAACAGGGAGGAGAUGAAAGCGCUGCGCAGUUCCUUCGAAAAGACUGAGGAGAAACUGAGGGAGAAGGAGAGACAGCUGGCUGCUGCCCAUGUUGAAAACCAAAUGCUGAAACAACAGAUGGAGUCUUCGCAAGAGGCCAGUGCUCACGCUUUGAAGGAGAUGAGUGCUAAACUCCAUGAGCAGUAUGACCAACAGCUGCAGGAACAGCAGAGGAAACACAGACAGGAAAUCGAGGCUCUGAAGGCCCAGCUGGAGGAGUACAUGAGGCGACUAGAGGAGGCUGAGAGGAACAUGACGCUUGCUGAGGCAAAAAUAGCCGAGAGGGACCAGAAGAUCAGCGAGGUGGAGCGUCUGCUUGAUUGCAUGGCUCAGGAAAAGGCACACUUAAUCCAGAAGCUCUGUGAAUGUGAAAAGCAGUUGCGCAGCUUGGGGGAGGAUCAAGUAGACUCGGGUGGUGCUAAAAAGGCUGAACAGUUACAAAGGGAGGCGUCAGAGCUGAAAGACAGAAUAAAGCACCUCAAUGACAUGGUGUUCUGCCAGCAGAGAAAGGUCAAGGGCAUGAUAGAAGAGGUGACAACACUGCGAGCUGAUGUGGCCCGGAAGGACGCGUACAUUUCUGAGUUGCUGGACAGGCUAGCGAUUGUGGAGUGUGAGAAUAAUGAGUUAGAAGACAAGCUGAAGUAUUUUAUGUCUGUACAGAAAGCUACUGAAAACAAACCGCUCACAAAAGAUAUUGGAGUUGGCUGCGACUUUCCCAUUAGCCGCCCUGAUCCUCAGCCGUAUGAAGCUCCAUCUGCCCCGAAACCUCCGAGCCGACUGGACCAGAGUUUACUCAGAUAUACACCUUUGCAGUACAGCAGUAUGCUCUCAGUACGCACACAGGGAACUGCAACAAGUACUUUAGAAAACAAAGCACCAGCUCCAAGGCCCAGUCAUGAAGAACUAACUCCACCUACCUCCCCAAAUACAGAACUGUCAUCCUCCAGGAGUAAUCGGCCCAAAAUCUACACACCCUUCAUGCGGCUGAUGGAGAUCUCAUCUAAGCUAAAUAUAGACUGAGCUACAUGUAGUGAAUAAUGCUUUAAAUGGAAAAAAUUAAGUAUUUGUCUUUUGUUCUUGUUCAUUUUGUAACAUAUCUACUGAUCUGUGAAUAACUUAUUGAGUAUAUACAUUAUAUUUUUUCAUAUAUAUAUACAUCAACAUAGAUAUAUACGCAGAUGCACUUUUCACUUUGUUUACAAAAAUAUAGGCUACAUAGUGAUAAAGUUCUAUGAGCUAGAAAGGUUAUAUUUUUAUUUAGCUUUUCUUACAAUGUUUCAGCUAGCUUUGACUUAAUUUCUCACCUAGCUAUGAUUUUGUGUAACAAUACUUACAUUGUACACGUGAUGCAAUAUUAAACAAAUAUUACUCUUAA